AUGGCUGGCGUCGCUUACUACAACGUUGCGGGCAUGCGGCUCGGAAGCCACCACAUUGCCAUGGGCUGGCUGGGUGCUCUCUUCGGCGGUGUCUACCUGGCUACCGCUGGUCCCAAGAACCCUGCUACCAAGGCCACACCCCCGAUCAAUGCCUCAAGCUCCGACGAGGCCGAUUUCAUCAAGAAGUUUCUCGACGAGCAGGAGAAGAAGCAGUAA